AUGGAAGUUGUUCAUUAUCCACAUUCUGCCUUUGAAAAAUGUCCCAAGCCAUUCAUUGCCAGCCAAUCACACCCAUCUUGCCAGUCUGUGGUAGAGAUGGGUAUCCUCUACUUGGCAUGCCAGAUCAAGGUGGCCUCUGUACAUCUGAAGCAGACUGCCAAUAUUGUGGGAUGGCCCACACAUUGGUUUGCAAACCUAGCAAUGGACUUGAAUCAGCUUAAUAGCUUGAUUCUGGUGACAGUGUUGCAUGCCAAUUAUACUCCUCCCCUCCUGGUGUGCUACCAUGCAUACCUCAGACACCAAGAUGAUGAGCUAACUCCCCUUAGCACAUUUUGCAUAAUUGACAAUAUCAGUGCCAUCAUCCUGCAUUGGACCCCACAUGCAGCUGAUCCCAAUUCCAGCUUUGCAGUCCCUUGGUGGCUAUAUCAUUCCAAGGAAUAUGCAGCAGAUUCCCAAAGAUUGCAAGGCAAGGGAUUGUUUUCUGCAGCCUGGGAUUUUUUCAAGUUGAUGAUGGCCCAGGGCUUAUGGCCAUUUCUUGAGGCACCAAUCACAGACUGUCUUGAUGGCCAUAUCAAGGAGUGGUGGGCAUUGCAUGGGUUGUUGGGCAUGCUGCUUCAAUAG